CUUUGGAAAAACACCGAUCUAACUGUAUUAACCGGAUAUAUUGGACAGUGAAUGGAGUUAUGUAUUUCUAUUACAACGCAUAUUUGCUGCGCACCAACUUCGCAUAUCGACUGCCAAACGUGCUGUUCGACUGUAUAAUGAAGCCCAUUAGAUAGCGAACUUGCGUAUGUCAUGAGUAUCCCUGAGGCUAGUAGGCAAGGCAAAACCAGCGAAGCGCUAAGGAGUCCAGUGUACUGGAUUCAUAGACGCUCCAGACAUACCAGGGGCGCUUCUUUGCGACUAAGAGUGUCUGUGUGGCCGCGCCGUCUGAGGCCUCCUGUCGCACUUUCGCAUUGUCGGGCUUAAAAGUUCGAUGGAUAAAACUUGCCGUCUAAUGGAACGGCUAUAUAAAGAUGUUAUAGUUCAGCUUUCGGUGCUAAUCACGCGGUUGAGAGCGAAAGGAGAGGGGAUCUACCGUAUCGUACGUGCCGACGCGUCAACUUACCUAUGGCCGUUGGCGGUAUUAGCAUUGGUGCUUGGCGUGGGCGUAUGGGGAGUCGCCCGUGUUGGGGAGGUGGAAGAGAAGGGGGCGAAGGACCGCGCCGCCAGCGUGGCCCUGGACACCGCCAUCUGGUACCGGCAGCAGCUGACCGUCUGCGCCUCUCCGGUGCUGCUGAUGGCUGCGAUGGUGGGGUACGACCCGCAGUACAGCGCAGUUAGCAGCCUCUUCAAGGUGCUCGCCCCGGCGCUGCUGUCUCAGACGGCACCCAACAUUACAAAACAGCUCGAGUACGUCCCUUUCGGCGUGGUGCAAGAUGUGUAUCCGAUGACGGGCAACAACGGUGCGGCCGUGGGCUUCGACUUGUUCGCGAGCUCGGACGCCGACGGAGCGGUCAAGACCAUUGAGGACAACACCCUUACGCUGGCCGGGCCGUUGGCUUUCUUCGAAGGAGGCUACGGCGUCAUUGUACGGCAGCCGAUUUUCAUACCUGGGGUGCAGGCCAACGAGACGUUUGGAAUUCCCAACCCGCUUAACCCUUAUUGUGGCGCUCCUUGCGAGUAUAACGAGACCACACGGACCAAGUUUUGGGGCUUCGCGGCGGCCCUGAUCGACUUGGACGCGCUGGCGCAGGCGGAGGAUUCCAAGCUCCGCACUCUGGAGGCCAUGGGGUACCGCUAUGAGGUGCUCGCUUUGGGCAUAGCGGCGGCCGACAUGAGACAAGUCGCGGCAAGGUGGGGCACCUGGGCCUCGAUGAGCGGCACUUGCGCAGCAGCUCAACCCAGCUCGGUGCCGCCGUCGGACCCCGUGGAGGCUCAGAUCCACCUACCCAACAAUGAGUGGGUGGUGCGCGUGUCCCCCGCCUCCGGGUGGCGCUCCUCCGCCUACCGCGGUCUGCUUUCCGGGGUCAUUGUGAUGGCGGUGGCGCUGGCACUGCUGCUGUUCUUGGCGCUGGUGUCCAGGCGGCAGCACGAGAUGCUGCUGAAGGCGCUGCUGCCGAAGCAAGUGAUCAAGGACCUAGGCAAGGAUGCGGCGCUGCUGGGUCCCCGCAUCCUGCAAGCCGAGACGACGGCCGACCUCAUGCUCACGCUGUUGGGGUGCCUGAUGGAGGGCACCAUGCCCGCCCUGGCUGACGUCGUCUUCAUCCAGCAGGCGCUCAUGCGGGGGGUGGACUUGUACCAACCCAUGAACCUGAAUCAGCACAUCAACGACGCCAAUCUGGAUAAAGAUGUGGCUCGCGCGCUGAUGCAGCAGCUGGGCCACAACGCCGGAGCGGGCUUGCUGAUGUCACCCUCGCCCACCGAGGAUCCCUCCAAGACGGGUCAACGACCCACCGGCAGCUUCACCAUGAAGCACGUGCCGGCGUACUACCAGCAGUACGACUACUCCACACUUGCAGGGGCCCUAUCCGUCAUCCUGAGCGGGGGGCAGCAGCCGCUGGGUUGGCGCGAGGCGACCCUUGCCAGUGCUGCUGCUGGGGGAGGAGGAGGAGGAGACGCGGGAGAAGGCGACAACACGGGACCGCUGCCGCGUGCCACCGCUGACAUUGGCAGCUACCGGUCAUCCAGUUUAGGCGCCGCGUUGCCGUUCCGGGGGUCUGUUGUGCCUGCGACUCGCGAGGGCACCACAACGGGUGCGGGCAUCGGCGUGUCGGUUCCCUGCGGGGGGGGCUUUGGGUUCUUGCAGCGGAAUACAAGCAUGGAGUUUUCACAGGUGCAGCACCAGCCGCCGCCGCCGCUACAGCAGCAGCAGCAGCAACCGGACCCGCGGUCUCCCUUUACUGCAGUGGCGGAUCGGCGGUCAGAUGCGAGCGAGCACGUGCCCAUGAGGCUCGUGAUGGGGUUAGUCAACGCCGAGAUAGCGUCAGCAGGAGUCAGUUCGGCCAUGAGGGAGCAGGGAGAUGAGGCCGUGGGAGAGGGCGGUCCUGCUUCCGGACAGUCCAGUGACACGCUGGAUGACAGCGCGCUGGUGGCGUCGGAGCCGCCACGGCGGCGGCCGCCGCGCAAGGUCGCCUCGGCGGUGGGAGCGAACGGUCUUGCGGACUCUCUGCGGCGUCGCAGCCUGCUACAAUCAUCCGGCGUCUCGGUCGCUGACCAGCCGGGCGGUAAUAGGCCGCCAGAUGCUGCUUCUAUUGCUGCUGCCGGCAGCGGGCGUGCAUCUUGUGAUUGGAACUCCGCUGCUGGUGCUGCUGCUCAGGCUGGCACCGGCACGGGAACUGGGAGCGGGCCGGUGCAGGAGGUCGGGACGGGUGGGGGGCUUGCGCAGGUGGGGACUCGCGUGCUGCAUGCGCUGACGGGGGGCAGCCGGGCGAGUUUGGCGCCGCAGCCCAGCGUGCGGCUGUCAGUGCUGGGCAAGACGCAGUACUUGGCGCCGCCGCCGCCGCCUGUGAUUGAGGAGGUUGAGCGCGUGCUUGCUGACGCGGACUCGUGGCAGUUCGACAUGUGGCGCCUGCGCGACGCCACCAACGGCCACCCGCUGUCGGCGCUGGGCUACUACCUCAUCCACCGGGCGGGCCUCAUAACGCACCUCAAACUCAAGCCGCCAGUGCUGGCCAGGCUGCUCCGGCACAUCGAGGCCGGCUACAACGACAACCCCUACCACAACGCCGUACACGCAGCCGACGUACUGCAAACCCUACACGUCAUCAUUCAUGGCGCGCAGAUGCAUGUGAAUUACCUUGACCACCUCGGCUUACUGGCAGCAUACUUUGCCGCGAUCGUGCACGACUACGGGCACCCGGGGCUGACCAACGACUUCCUGGUGUCCACCUCGGACCCGCUGGCGGUGCGCUACAACGACAGGUCGCCGCUGGAAAACCACCACGCGGCGGCGGCCUUCAGCCUCGUGCAGAAGCCGGGACUCGACCUGCUGGCACCCCUAAGCAAGGCCGAUCGGGCGAACUUCCGAAAGCAGGUGAUUGAGAUGGUGUUGGGCACGGACAUGAAGCAGCACUUUGCGCUGCUGAGCCAGUUCAACACCGUGCACCGGCUGGCGGGCUUCGCGCACGGACCCGCGGUUGACAACCCCUGCAAGAGCGCUUCGAGCGUGCGGGCCUCGGGGGCCCAGCAGUUCCUGGAGCUGCGGGAGAUAGUGGUGAACGUUAGCGGGCAGGAGGUGCAGGCGCCGAAACCGCUGGAUGAGACGGAGAGGCUGCUCAGCUUGCAGAUUGCGAUCAAAGCAGCGGAUCUGGGCCACUUGGGCGAGGAGUUCGAGGUGCACCAGAGAUGGCUGUCGGCCCUGGAGGAGGAGUUCUUCCGACAAGGCGAUAUGGAGCGGCAGCUGGGUCUGCCCAUCAGCCCCCUGUUCGAUCGUUCCAAGCAGGGCGUCAGCAAGAGCCAGGUGGGCUUCUUCGACUUUGUGGCGCUUCCGCUGGUGUUCGCGCUGAGCAAGGCCUUCCCGGGGGCGCAGUCGCUGAUGCGCUGCUUCUGGAGCAACUACAACCACUGGCGCACCGUGGACGGAAUGCCGCGGGUGGAGGUCCCGCCGCUGGGGCCGCCGACAGGGGCCACCACGGGUUAGGUGCGUGCACCGCUUGCCGUCGCUUGCCGCGGAGGUAAGGUAGACGGCGGCAGCGGCUGGCAACUGAGAGCAAGGCUUGUCUCGACGCAUUCCCCCAUUGCGAGUUACGUGCAUGAGAGGUCGCUGCUGCGUUAAGCUCGUAGGGUCUGCCGGGAGUCAUCAACCUCAUCCGUGUAUCUGCCCGUUUAUCAGCUCCAGCAACUCGCCCGGACCAGGGCUUCACUCCUCACGGCGGCUGAAGUGUGUGGGGGUAGUAUCUCUGCGAUCAGUUCCCAUGGGUGUGGGGCUGUAUGUAGCGCUUGUAUGCACCAGCCCAUUAUCGGUGUUGACCCUGAGUUAUGGAGGUCAUCUCUCCUGGAUUCGCAUUUUUGGGCCGACGCUUUUGGCGGCAGGACGGUACAGGGGUUGUUGCUGUCAUGAGAUGUUUGGGAUGUGCUCCUAAUGCUCCUUACCUAAACGGGCACCGUACCUACCACCUGACGUUUCGUCUUGUCGUCACAUGCGGACGCGUGACCAUACCUUUAUUAGUAGUCGUUAAGAUGUCUGUACGGCCGUUUCAAAUGCAACACAUCUAGAAUUGCACAGCGAUGUCCUGGAAGGCAGGUGGUGUCGUAGUCAAGUAAUAAUUAUGGAGCAGGCUGGGUGCGGAGCGUAGGAUAGAACUGCGAUGGUCCUGUCUGACGAAAUUCAAACCUUGGAUUUAUCUUGGAUUUGUGUUGACUGUUUGGUUCUGACGGCAGUGCCGCAUCGUGACCUAUAGAAAUAUUCUCGGCCUCGCUGACAGACGGCUAUGCGGUCCCCGGGCUUUCGGCUACAAUUCUGCGGACUUCCGGUGUGCGCUUUGAAAGCCAGAACUUGUUUUGAUGAUGUACAUGCAUGCUGGGAGGCCCGGGAGCGGCUAGACAGGAGCAGUUGAUAUUCAACUGCAAGAGGGCUGUUAGUUGCCAUCUCCGGAUAAGGUCCGUGUGCGUAACCCCCUUCCCUUUGAGGGAUUGUUGCCUAGUAUAUUGUUAAUGCUGGUUGUGUCGCGUAGUUUUUCGUCUGACGGGCCAUUGGAGAAGGGCAUCGCUAACACGCACGUGGUUAGUGCUUUGUCCCAUCAUGCGAAUUCGACGCCGUUACCUGCGGCCAACUUUGGUUUGCUUCUCUCAAGGCGUUCUGUGCCUGUAGUAAGACGACACUUGUGCGGUCACUGUAUGCCGUUCUCACAUGCCCUGUCGAGCGAGUAACUGAAGUUGAUUAGGCGCCGGUCGCCUUAAGGUGUCUUGUGCGUUAUAAAACUUACGAUGCGGUUUUUCCCUUUACACUAUAAUGUAUGUAUGCCUCGCUUAAGUAAUAUGUGUGUGUCGUACAUCUCCGUAUGUUAUACCCUGUCGUGUGGAAACAAAUAUUUUGCCAAUUACGCCAGCAGGC